GUCAGCCGUGGGAAUGCUGCUAUCCAGAGAGUUCGCUUUGGAUACCGGGGAGUUGAAUUGCUCAAACACCUGUUAGUGGUCUGGCCUUAGCCUUGGACUUAGCAAGACCAACGUUUAAACCUCUUGGACGGCUAUAUCCUCACACUCAGCAGAAGACAAAGAAGGGAUUAUAGACAUGCUUGACGAAUUUCUAUGGGCUAAUUUACCGUCGAAUAUGCAAUAACAUGGGACUAAUGAGAACACGGAAAUGCAACAGGUCUUCUCGCUACAGUGUGUAGGAUGAUGUCAUGGUGAUGGACCAGGACACUCAGUGGCUCUAUCAUCUCCUGGCAGAGGUCCAGUUGGAGCGGUUCUACACAAGGGUUCGAGACGGACUGAACGUGACUCGGAUCGAACACCUGAAUUAUGUGAAGGAAUCUGAUCUCGAACAGAUAGGCAUUAGCAAACCGGGACAGCGAAGGCUUUGGGAUGCCGUUAAGCGGUACAAGACCAGUGGGCGUCCACGCUCAUGGAUGGCCAAGGUGUUCAGCGGUCGCGGCCCCGAGGGGAACGACCAGUGGAGUGGGAGCGGGAGCGGGUCGGGGCAGGGCCAGGGUCCGGAGAUGGGCCGAGCUCUGACCUGUCUGAUCCAGGACAGCGAGCUGCUGCUGGGGGAGAAGCUGGGCUCGGGCUCCUUUGGGGUGGUGAAGAGGGGCGAGUGGCACACGCCGACGGGGAGAGUCAUUCCCGUGGCAGUGAAAUCGUUAAGGAACAGUCUGUCCAGGCAGACGGACACACUGACCGACUUCUUGCAGGAGGUCACAGUCAUGCAGUCCCUCGAUCACCCCAACAUCAUUCAUCUCUAUGGGGUGGUUCUUACGCAACCCCUUAAAAUGGUGACGGAGCUGGCCCAGUUGGGCUCCCUGUACGAUAUGAUGCGCUCGCGGCAGGGAGAGUAUCCCCUCGCCCGCCUGUGGCUCUUCAGCACGCAGAUCGCAGCAGGGAUGGAGUAUCUGGAGAGCAGGCGCUUCAUCCACAGAGACCUGGCGGCCCGGAACGUUCUGUUGGCCUCCAGGGAGCUGGUGAAGAUCGGAGACUUUGGCCUGAUGAGGGGCCUGGGGCAGGACAAGGACCACUAUGUCAUGACCGCACACAAGCGCAUCCCUUUUGCCUGGUGUGCUCCAGAGAGUCUACGGGUGGGCUCCUUCUCCCACGCCUCAGAUGUGUGGAUGUUUGGAGUCACACUCUGGGAGAUGUUCACGUACUGUGAGGAGCCCUGGCUUGGCCUGUCAGGCAGAGCGAUUCUCUUUCGUGUGGAGAGAGAAGGUGAUCGCCUGGAGCGACCCACAGACUGUCCUCAGGAGCUCUUUGCUGUGAUGCGCAAGUGCUGGGCCUGCAACCCAACUGACCGACCCACCUUUGCAGACCUCACAAUGCUGGUGGCAGAUGCAAAGCCUAUGGAGGUUCGUGUUAUUAGGGACUUCUCAGAGCACAGAAAACUUAGCCUCCUAACCAAUGACGGGGUGACAGUUAUAGACCACGGGCUGGAGCUGAGUGAGUGGAAGGGGCAGAACCAGAGGACCCUGAAUAUCGGCUGGUUCCCUGCAACCCUGACCAUUCCUGCCGCCCUGGCCAAUGCUGCCGCCCUCCCUGCCGCCCCGAACCCCUCCGCAGGAUUACGCAUCUCCGGUCCACUGCAGGGCAGCCUCCAGCACACAGGGCACGGCGACAGCCAUCCGAGUCGAAGCUGGGGGACACCUGAGCGCCUGGACGACAGCACAACCUGGAAGGUUCCGCUGGCCAAAGAGAAGGAGGGCUCCAACCUACAAAAGAUGGCAGGAAUGUCCCGGAGUUUAGAGUCGGUCCUGGGUUCCCCGCAGAAUAAAAGCCGAGGGAGCAUCUCGGGGGCUCGACCGGAGGCCCGCAGGCCAGUGGCCGCCUCUGUCGCAGGCGGUCGCAUCGUUUCGGACCCCCGCCGUUUCAGCGAGGCGAGCGCCGUACCCCCGCCGCGCCCGCCUCCCCCCAACUUCAAACCGGCGAAGUACCCGGUGGCCGUCCGCGACCGUCGGCACGCCAUAGCCCAGGGCCCGCCGCAGAUGUGGCCUCCGCCGCCCCCUCCUCAGCAUCCACAACUGCUGCAGCCGUCGCCCCAGCUACAUCCACAUCACAGCCCUGGAGGUGGCAACCUGGUCCGGAUGGCCCCAAUGGCUCGCUCUUCCCCUCUGCUGGACGACGGUGCCGGUGGCGGAGGCAGCGGUGGCGGUGGCGGCAGUGACCGGGAGAAGGAGAGAUCACGAUAUCCACCACACGUGCAACUGGACAAGGAAGGAUUAAUCAGACAGGUGCUCGAGGCGGUACAUGGAGCGACCAGUGAGGAUGCGCGAGCAGCGUUAUACAAACAUGAAUGGAACCCUGUGAGGGCUGAGCAGCAGCUAAAGAUGGAGCAGUUGUACUUCAUGAGCUUGUGUUCUAAAGAGGACUGCUACAGAGUCCUCUCCAGACACAAGUGGGACUUGCAGCAGGCCAGUCGAUACCUCCUCAGGAUGGUGGAGAGGAGAGGAGGGGAGCGCGUGUAGAAAGAUGCUUGAUGAAGUCGCACCACACCAGUAAUGAACAAAUGGACAUCAUGCAAACAAAUGUGUUGUUUCCCAUUGCAAUUUGAAGUAUAUGAACCUUUUUUUAAACCAUUUUUAGCAAAUGUCUUUUUCAAAUUCAAAACUAGAUUUUUUUUAAAUUCAGAGGAGUUUGUAUAUACUGACAAAGCCUUUUGCACUGAAAAAUGUGAUAACUGGGCAGGAGGCCAGUUGAAACCUCAUCAGGAUGGCCAAAAAGGAAUGAAGAGGAACAGAGUGUGUGAAAGAUGCCAAAACUCGGACCAUAUCAGUAACGAAUCAGACCAAGUACAAAGUGAAUGGACAAGUGCUGUUUUUCAUUACAAUUUGAAUAAUAUGUUGUGUAUAUAACAACUUUUUACAAUUUUUAGCAAAGAUAUCUUUUUCAAAUGACAACUUUUUAAACACAAGGAAUUUGUAUAUAUACUGAUCAAACUUUUUGCACUGUAUACAUUUGAUCAAUUUCAGUGUAAUAUAGACUAACCAUGUAUAAAAAUUGUCUGAUGCUUUGUUUCCACAUUCGUCCAAGAGGGGGCAGUGCUGAGUCUGUUGCCGCUUUUCUCUCCACCCGGGGCUCCACCCACAAUUUCCCCCAGCCCAGUAAAAUCCUGAACCGCAGCCAAGCCCUGAG